AUGAAUGUGGUCAACAUCCCAAAACCAAAGGACACGACUAAUGAAUUGGCCAAGAGAAUGGCAACCGAUGGGUCUGGCAGACUUGAUGGCGGCGGAUUACAAGUCAAGGACGUCGACAUCACGAGGUUGAAGCGGUUAUACACGUCCAUACAGUGGAUGACAGACUUGAUGGUGAUGGAUUGCAAGUGGCUACCGGUUAUCAGAGGAUCUAGAAUGUUCAUAGCGGUGGCAAAGCUCAAAGCACUGAAACAACAACUCAAGGGACUGAAUAGAUCUCAGUUUGGUGACUUACACUUAAAGGUCAAACAAGCUAAGGAGAACCUAAAACAACUUCAACAAGAGCUUGUGAUUGACCCCUUUAAUCCCAUUACUCGGGCGGAAGAAAAGGCGCAGCUGGAGGAGUUACUUGUUCUUAGUAGACAUGAAGAGGUUUUGCUUAAGCAGAAAUCUAGAAAUCUAUGGCUGAAGGAGGGUGACAAUAAUAGUAAGCAUCUCCUUGGAAAUCCCAGUCUUACUAGCAUUCCAUAUGAGAGAUAUGCUUCUUUAUUUCAUGAAGAUAUCAAUACUCUUGUUACCUUUCCUGUAGUUCAGAGAUCAGAAAUCCUCAGAGUCUUAAAAGGUUUCAAUGACUUUAAAGCUCCGGGUCCAGAUGGCUUUAAUAGUCUAUUCUACAAAAGCGCUUGGCACAUCAUAGGGAAAGACAUUGAGGAAGCUAUCAUGGAAUUCUUCUCGUCAAAAAGAAUGCUGAAGUCUAUAAAUUCCACGUUGAUUACACUCGUACCGAAGGUUCAGAAUCCAUCUUUCCUCAAGGAGUUCAGACCCAUUUCUUGCUGCAAUGUCAUAUACAAGAUCAUAUCUAAGCUUGUUGCAGAACGGAUUAGGUGCAUGCUUCCGAAGAUUGUCGGCUUCAACCAAACUGCUUUCAUCAGCGGACGACAGAUCUCGGAGAAUAUUCUGCUAUGCCAAGACCUUCUACACAACUACCACAAGGGAGGAAAUGGUAAACGGGUGGCAAUAAAGAUUGACCUCAUGAAAGCCUUUGACAUGGUAAAAUGGGAUGCAGUCCUCGGGGUUCUCAAAGCUAUAAAUACUCCUCACGACUGGAUUGCUCUGAUAGCUGAAUGCAUUACUACUCCGACAUUUUCAGUGAACUUCAAUGGUGAGCAAGUUGGCUAUUUUAAGAGUACGAAUGGGCUGCGACAAGGAGAUCCACUUUCUCCAUACCUUUUUGUAAUGGUUAUGGAAAUCUUUAACAGAAUUAUUCAUGCGAAAGUUGCUGCUUCUUCUUUCAAAUGCCUAUUUGCAACUCUCACUGGACUGCGUUUCCACCCGGACAAAUGUCAAAUCUUUUUCUCUGGGUUGAAUGAGGAUGAGAAGCAUCUUAUACUGGACUACACGCCUUUUUCUACAGAUGAAGUGCUGAUGAUUUGUCGGUGCGCCAUGACAAUAAUGAAGGGGAAAAAGAUGAAUAUUGAGACACUACCAGUAGAGCAAACGGAUCACGGUGUCAAUAAUGAGAUGGAGCUUCAGGUAGAGGCUUUUACAAUGAAUGAGACUUGGAUCCUCGGUUGUUUAAAGGGGACAAUAGAUGUUGGUAUAGUGUAUUGGAAGGACGGCAAUGACAGUGUGGCCAGGGGUUAUGUGGAUUUGGAUUACGUUCAUGACUUGGAUGAGAAGGUCUUCAAUGGGGUACAUGUAUGCGCUGAUAGGUGGUGCAAUGAGUUGGAAGGCAUCCUUACCAGAUAA